AUGAAUAACGACCCUGCAUCAGUCAAGGCCCUCCUCGAGCAACUCCGCGUUUCACAAGCUUGGCAGCAAUUACACAGCACCCAGCAACAACAACCCACCCCUUCAAGCGCCCAACAGCCCGCCGAGGCUCAUCCACCGAUUACUACCAACCCGCAACCAACCUCGUCUUCUUCCAACACAGUCAGCAGAGUCGCAGAGCUAUUAGCGCAGUUAAAGAACCCUCCGUCGUCGUCUGGACCUCCUCUAGAACAGCCGCCGACCAAAAUAUACGACCGCCCACCUUUGCGGAAGGAGCAAGCCAAUCUCGAACGACAGCUAUGGGCCGACCGCGAAGGCAUUCAUCAAAAGUACAACGACAAAGUCAAAGUUGCACAGACAAAAGCGAGUAUGAUUGGUGGGAGUAUAUCUCAACAUGAGGCUACGAUGCUUCAAGACGCCUAUCGGCGCGAGCUUUCAAAAUACGACAGGGAGCGCGUUCUACCGGCAUGGGACGGCCUCGUCAUGAGGCAACAGGCCAAACUGGAAUCUCUCAAAGUUCCCAACAUGUUCAUUUCCGCAGACCCCAAAGACAGACAACGUCAAGUACAGAUCGUUCAAGUCCUCCUUGGAUUGGCUGGUGGUGCGGAGGCCACCUGA